GGGCACUGUGUGGAAGAGGAGCCUGGAGGGGCUUGGCUUGGCAAUGGAAUCGGUGACAGGAGGGGCCGCGGGUCCCAGGACAGACACACAGCAUGCAGGGUCCCUGGCCAUGGACCAGCCCACUGGCUUGCAGGUGGACUAUGUCUCCCGGGGUGUGGAGCACGUGGUGCGGGUGGUGGUUUCCGGGCAGGCCCUGGAGUUGGAAGUGGAGGACCGGAUGACGGCCGACCAGUGGCGGGGUGAAUUCGAUGCCAGUGUCAUCGAAGACCUGACUCACAAGACGGGGAACUUCAAGCAGUUCAACAUCUUCUGUAACAUGUUGGAGUCAGCCCUCACCCAGAGCAGCGAGUCCGUCACCCUCGACCUGUUGACCUACACAGACCUGGAGUCCCUGCGGAGCCGCAAGUUGGGGGGCCGUCCGGGUGCCUUGGCCCCCAGGUCCGCCCAGCUCAACUCCAAGCGCUACCUGAUCCUCAUCUACUCGGUGGAGUUUGACAGGAUUCACUACCCGCUGCCCCUCCCGUACCAGGGCAAACCAGACCCCGUGGUCCUGCAGGGCAUCAUCCGCACACUGAAGGAGGAGCUGGGCCGCCUGCGGGGGCUGGACCGUGGCCAGAACCCCCGAGACACGAGGGAGACAGAGAUUUGGCACCUGCGGGAGCAGGUGUCCCGCCUGGCGGCGGAGAAGCGCGAGCUUGAGGCGCAGCUGGGCCGCUCGCGGGAGGAGGCGCUGGCCGGCAGGGCGGCGCGCCAGGAGGCCGAGGCGCUGCGCGGGCUGGUGCGGAGCUUGGAGCUGGAGCUGCGGCAGGAGCGCGGCCUGGGCUCGCGAGGGGUGGCCCGCCGCGGCCAGGACUGCCGCCGCCUGGCCAAGGAGCUCGAGGAGGCGAAGGCGUCGGAGCGCAGCCUACGCGCGCGGCUGAAGACGCUGAGCGGCGAGCUGGCGCUGUGCAAGCGGGGUAGGAAACUAACAGCGGGUCCUGUGCCCGCAGGAGACGGGCGCUGCCAAUGGGCCCGGCCCCGGCCCGGGAAGACCGGGCUUCGUCGUCCCGCGAGCGCUCCACGUCUCGUGGCCGCGGUGCCACCCGAUCCUCGUCGCGGGAGAGCGGCCGUGGGGUCCGGGGCCGAGGCCGACCCGCCCGUCCGUCACCCUCGCCCUCAGGUGGCCGCGCACCCCGUUUCGAUCCUACAGCCUUUGUGAAAGCCAAGGAGAAGAAGCAGAGAGAGAUCAGGGUGAAGCAGCAGCAGCAGCGCCACCGGUUGGGCAGUGGAGGAAGCGGGGACGGCCCUUCCGUCUCCUGGUCUCGGCAGACCCGGCCUCCAGCCGCUGUGACCGGCCGAGGGGACGCCGCGAGCGGCUCCCGGCACCGC